AUGCCAAUCAACCUUCAGAGUACCUUUAAUGUUAUAAACUUCGAACCCAAGAAGUUCGAAGAGACUGACGUCGAACUGACUAUCACACACUGCGGCGUCUGCGGAUCUGACCUCCACACGGUUACAUCUGGAUGGGGAGCGUUACAGACCCCUAUGAUCCCUGGGCACGAAAUCGUCGGCACGGUUACUCGGGUCGGAUCGCAAGUGAAGGGCUUCAAGAUCGGCGAUAGGGCCGGCAUUGGCGCCCAGAUCGGCUCCUGCUACAGUUGCCGCCUUUGCAAGAACGAGAACGAGAACUAUUGCGGGAAGCCGAUCUGGACGUACAACGGCCAAUACCCGGAUGGGAUCCGCACCCAGGGCGGCUACGCCAGCGCCAUUCGUGCCCACGAACAGUUUGUGUUCCCCAUCCCCGACGCGCUGGAAUCGCAAUACGCCGCUAGCAUGAUGUGCGGCGGGCUGACCAUGUACUCGCCACUCAAGCGGUUCAACGCUGGUCCCGGAAAGAAAGGACAUUACGGCGUAAUUUUCGCCAAGGCGAUGGGGGCCGAAGUGUACGCCUUCACCCACGGUACGCGCAAGGUGGAUGAUAUAAAGAAGAUGGGGGCUGAUCAUGUUGUCGUCACGGACUCGGGCCGCUUCGCAAAGGAUCUGGAGAAGACAAUCGACCUUAUCAUAUGCACCAUCGACAACUUCGAUAGCAUGCCGCUCAGCGCUUACCUGAGCACGCUCGGGAUCCACGGACAGUUCGUCAUCGUCGGGAUCCCGGACAAACCGGCUUUGAACAUCACCGCAUGGGACUUCAACCCGAACGGAUGCUUCGUCGGAGGCACUCGCAUCGGCAGCAAAGUGGAGGCCAUCGAGAUGCUGCAGCUUGCCGCUGACAAGAGUAUCCAGCCAUGGAUUGAGGUGCUGCCUAUGAGCCAGGCUCAGACAGCCCUAGAACGGCUGAAGAAGAGCGACGUUCGCUAUCGGUUCGUGCUCAAGCAAGACCUCGCUUGA